AUGCCUCCCCGACCACAUGCCAGGCCAUCGCCAACGCACUUCUUGUGCAUACCCCUGGUCACUCCAGCCUCAAGGCCUCAGCUGUCCAAGAGCUUGGCCGCCUUCAAGGCGGACGUUACCAGCCAGGACAGCUUCGCCAUCCCCGUGGAUGCGGUGCGCCCCCUCGGCACUUUGCACCUGACCCUAGGGGUCAUGAGCUUCCCCAACAACGAAGGCGUCGGUAAGGCUAUCGAGGUCCUCAAAGCUCUGAAACCCCGAGAUAUCCUUGCUAGCAUCAAGCCUCUUUCCUCCGUCACUCGGUUGGCGGCCCCGGCUCAGGCGUCAAAUGCCUCCAACGCCCCGCCGCUCUCCUCGCUGAACAUAACACUCCGCGGUCUACACUGCAUGAAGUCCGGCCCCAAGGCAGACCCCAGCAAGGCAUCGGUUCUUUAUGCUCCACCGGCGUACUCCGAGGGCAUUUUUCAAACGUUCUGCGAAAAGAUCAGGACCGUCUUCGAGGAGGCCGAGGUCAUGGGCCAGGACGACCGUGGACUGCUGCUGCACGCCACAGUUGUCAACACCAUCUACGUCAAGGGCGCUCGUGGCAAGAAGGGCUCGAAGCUGACUAUCGAUGCGACGGACAUACUCGAAAGAUACGAGGACUAUGUUUGGAUAGAAGACAUGCCCGUGGAGAAGAUCGCCAUCUGCCGUAUGGGGGCCAAAAAGAUUGAGGAUGCGGAUGAUCAAGAAUACGAAGUUGAGGCUGAGAUUGACUUCUGCGCUCAGCGGUAA